AUCACACGCCCCGCCCGCAGGGAGACUGCAAAUGCCCGGGCCAAAGGCAGACGCUGCAAAAACCUGCCCUCGCGGAGCAGGGGUUGGCUGGGAUUCCUAGCCGGGACCUACUGGGUUCCUACAGGGAUCCGAACAGCUUGGACCAGAGUCCUAAAAAGAUCUUAGCUCAAAAUGUCCCAGGGGCAUCUGCUGGAAGCAUUCACCACCUGUAACAAAGAGGCAGAGGAGGGUCGGUCCCAGAGAACCAGUGACUACUACAGAGUUAAUGACAAUUUGCCAGCCAGGUUCAACCACCCAGGAUGGUUUCGGGGCUACAGAACGAAUGAGCCCCAUCCAAGGUACAGGACCACCAACCAGAUCUAUGGAAGCAAAGCGCCUACUGUACAUGAAAUGCCGACCUCCUUUAACAUUACCUCACACGCAUUUUCGAAACAUCUUGGAAAGUGUGGCAUGUAUAGGAAUAAUGGGCUCAACACCUACAUGGAGAAAAGUGAUGUGACUGGCAUAGAUAACUUUAUCACCUUCUACGACAGACUCAACUUUCACCCCAGUUACAAUGGCAGUGGGCCAUCCCACUGUGAAUAAUGUUUCAGCUGUGGUGUCUGCAGUAUGACACUGUUCUUCAGUUUACUGUCUACUG